AUGAUCAUCUUCCUAACUCUCCCCGACCUUGAUGCACUUAGGAAAGGUCUUAUCAUCGUUACAACUAGCCUCCUCAAACCCUUUCUUUCCGAUGUACCCUUUUGCCUCUUUUUUCUAGCAGUCAUCUAUUGGAAGUACGAAUCGAUGCCCAACUAUGAAUCUCAGAACUGCUCACCAUCGGAGCACCUUCACUACCAGAAAUUGAUCAACAAGAGUCAACGCUUAUCUUCUACUGGAUCUUGUACUCUAUUACGAAGCUUGUUUUUCGUGUUGACCACCUCCAAUAACGAAUUAAGAAGUUGA